AAAGACAAAAAAGGUGACAAACAGUUUAGCAAAAUCCUAUGGGACUCUCUCACUUUAGUUUUUAAGCUGACACAUUUGCUUAAAAGUGAAAAAACCAUGGGCAGUUUUUACCUGUAUAAUCCACAGCUUAAAAAACCAGCUGCUCUUUCUUGUAUAAACUUGUAUACACUCACUUAUUUCUCUUCAUUCACAAAAUUGCACCAGAAAAUAUAUUUAAAGAAUCUUUUUUUAUUUCUUGAAAGAACUUUUUAGCUGCUUUUACUUUCAAAGAUUGAAACUUUAGUAGUCUGGUGAUGUUUACUUAACUCUCUCUUUGCUUUAGGCUGUUUUUCUUCUGUGUUUUUUUGGUACCAUUUUGUGUCUCAUAGGAUUAAGAAUGUACCUAUGAAGUGAUAAUUUUUGUGCUUUGGGGUUUUCAAGAUUUUGAAAUUUUUGUGCUUAACAUAACAUUUUGCCUUGUGGGGUUUCCAAAAUUUUGAAUGUAAGUAUUUAUCAUGAGAUUUUGCUUUGUGGGGUUUUCAAGAUUUUGAAUUUUUCUUGAUCAUUUUGGUGCCAUUUUGUGCUUAUUGUAAGUUUUUGCUUUGUGGGGUUGUCAAGAUUUUGAAUUUUUCUUGUGGUUUUGGUACCAUUUCGUGCUUUUCAUAAGAUUUAGCCUUGUGGGGUUUUCAAGAUUUUGAGUUUUUCUUCUAGUUUUGGUACCAUUUUGUGCUUAUCAUAAGGUUUGGCCUUGUGGGGUUUUCAAGAUUUUGAUUUUUUUUUUCUAUUUUGUGCUAAUCAUAAGAUUUUACUUUGUGGGGUUGUCAAGAUUUUGGAUUUUCUUGAUCAUCUUGAUGGAUUCUGGAGGUUUAUAUUCAAAUAUUGGUGGUCCUGGUAUGUUGGGAUUAGAAAUGUCAUUACACCAUCAAAUCCCUCAACAAAAUCCUCACCACCAACACCACAUGCACCCUCAACCCCCACCCCACCCUCAACCCCCACCUCACCACCCUAUAGUCUCAUUUGCACAUCAUCAAGAAAAUGGUGAUAACCAACAAGUAUUGAGGCAAGGUUUUCCAUUUGGUAACAACAACAAGAAGGGUAAAAACCAAAGCUUGAGUUUUAGUGAUGAUGAGGAACCUGUUCCUAGUGCUGAUAACAAUAGUACUGAUGAUGGGAAUAGGAUUAAUAGUAACAACAAAACUUGUCCUUGGCAAAGAAUGAAGUGGACUGAUAAUAUGGUGAAGUUGUUGAUUAUGGUUGUUUAUUAUAUUGGUGAUGAAGUUGGUUCUGAAGGGAAUAACAACAACAAUAAUGAUCCUAGUGGAAAAAAGAAGGGGAGUAGUGGGGGUGGGGGUGGGGGUGGGGUAGGGGUGUUGCAAAAGAAGGGAAAGUGGAAAUCAGUGUCUAGAGCAAUGAUGGAGAGGGGUUUUUAUGUUUCACCACAACAAUGUGAAGACAAAUUCAAUGACUUGAAUAAGAGGUACAAGAGGGUUAAUGACAUUCUUGGUAAAGGUACAGCUUGUAAAGUUGUGGAGAAUCAGUGUUUGCUUGAAACAAUGGAUCAUUUAUCACCAAAGAUGAAAGAAGAAGUGAAGAAGUUGUUGAAUUCUAAGCACUUGUUUUUUAGAGAAAUGUGUGCUUAUCAUAAUAGUUGUGGUCAUAACAAUGCUGCUGGUGCUGGUGCUGGUGCUGGUGGUGCUAGUGGUAGUAGCGUUGUUGCUGAGGCUGCGAAUUCGCAAGCUCAGAAGAGGUGUCUGCAUUCGUGCGAAAAUGCAAAUGCCAGAAUUGGUGCUUCUAGUUUAGUAAAAGUGGCAAGUGGUGAAAAUGAUGAUGAUGAGGAGGAUGACGAAGACGAGGAGGAUGACGAUGAUGAGGUAUCCGGUGCAAGAGGACACGACCACGACGACCACCACCACCACGAGGACGAUGAUGACAUUGAUGAGAGAUCAAGAAAGAGGCAAAGAAAGCUAGGAACUUCAUCACCAAUGGUACAACAAUUGAGCACAGAAUUAGCUAAUGUAGUUCAAGAUAGGGAAAGAAGUCCACUUGAAAAGAGACAAUGGAUGAAAACUAGAAUGAUGCAAUUGGAAGAACAACAUGUUGGCUAUAUGUACCAAACAUUUGAGCUUCAAAAGCAAAGAUUGAAAUGGGAGAAAUUUAUAAGCAAAAAGGAAAGAGAAAUGGAAAGGGAAAAACUUAUGAAUGAGAGAAAGAAAUUGGAGAAUGAAAGAAUGGUGCUUUUGUUGAAGCAAAAAGAACUUGAGCUUCUUGAUUUUCUUCAGUAUCAUCCAAAUAGAAAUAGUGACCCUUCUUCUGUUACUGGAUGAUGAAAAAUUGUACAACAAUACUAGUAGAAGCUAGCAGCAGCAGAAGAUCUGUUAACAAAAUGUAAAUAAAUGUAUAUACAUGCUUUUUGCCUUGUGUUUUUUUU